GAUGCUGCCUGUGUCUGCAGCAGGGAAAGGGUACACGUGCAAACAGCUUUAAAGGACUGAACAAGCCUUUGGCAGAUGCACCAAGCAAAAAUCUGAAACUACAAACCAGGCUGCAGGAACCCCUGUCCCACAAUGCCAUCGAUUCAGCUGCCACUGCUACUCCUCUGCCUAACCUUGUCUGGUGUUUGUCCCAACGAGGGGCAGCCCCUUCUAAAGGAAAGUGAGAACAUGAGAGGAAGUGCCCUCGAUGACAUCCUGCAGAGAUCAGACAGCCUCAUUCUUCAGUCUGUCCUCAAGAAUGCUGAAGAGAUGAAUAAAGAACCAAAUGCCCCUCUGCCAGAAUGGCUUUCCAAAAGACAGCACCCUGGGAAGAAAGACCUGAGUGAUCUGGAGAAGAGACAGCACCCCGGGAAAAGAGAUGCUGAGGAAGACACAUCUUACAGAGACACUCAGAAGGGACAGUAUCCAGGGAAAAGAGAGACAGAUGACCUUGACAGCUAUCUGGAGCUGAGAAAGCAACAACACCCUAGCAGAGGAUGGCUGUUGGACCAGGAUGCUGACACCCCUGCUGCACAGCCAAUCUACCUGAAUCAGCUAACCAAAAGGCAGCACCCAGGCAGGAGGUAUCUGAUGUCCAAGCACCAGCAUCCUAGCCAAAGAGGCUGGAAUGAUGAAGUAGAACUAACUGAGCAAUAUGGUGAGAAACACCAGCACCCUGGCGAAAGGCCCAGGAAUUCUGACAGCCCUGAGGAUGCAGGCCCCUACAGCUUCCAGGAGCCCUUCACCUGUAACAAAGGCAGCUUGUUGCUUGACUUAGUAAAAGGUAUUGGCAAAGACAGGGUAGAAGAAAAACGUCAGCACCCAGGAAAGAGAUCAGCGUGGGAGAGUGAAAUAGAGGAAUAAGCAAAUCAUUGUGCACCACUGGCAUCUGGUGAAGCAAACUGCCAGGUCACCACACUGCUGUUUACUCCCCUCUGGCUUCCUGCUGCUGACCUCUGCACCUACCUUUCAGUGCAUCCAUGUUCCCAUUUCAUUUAAUGGCUCUGUCACACACUUAAAGGAACUAAAGGACUCUGUGGAAUGGGACAGGCAAGUGCUGUGAGUCUUCACCUACCCAGCAUUAGCAAGUUAAGAGUCCUCCUCAUGGGCAGGCCCCAGCACGAUCUCACUGCAUGUAUCUGAUUUGCUGUUCCCAAACAGGCUCUUAAAUCUGUCCUGACGUUGCUAAGUGCAAGAGCUGUAAGGUUCCCUCUCACAGCAGUGAAACCAGGAAAUUAACAGAAACAAAAGAACAACAUAUACCAGCUAUUUAAAAACAGAAAUGGGCUAAGUUCUAAAUUCUAAGUGAUCCACCAAAAGCUGAACCCUUGUGCAUUGAAUCUGUCCAGAGUGAGCACUAACCAGAUAGGAGCUGCUCCAGCUGCAACAGGUUAGCUGAUUGACUUCAUAGUUUGACUUGGAACUAGCUCAUAAAACCCCUUUACAUCAAAGAAACUGCACAGUGCAAAGGUUUAAUGGAGGUGUUCAAAGCCAGGCUGGAUGGGGCCUUCAACAACCUGGUCUAGGGGGGGUGUCCCUGCCCAACCCUUCCAACCCAACCCACUCUGAUUCUAUGAUCCUAGAGCUUCUCAAUCACAAGUUGUGAACCCAGCUGUGUACAUUCCAGCACCUUGGACAUUUCACAAUGAAACAAGCAGACAUCCCUUCCUUCCCCUAAGGUGUUCUGGCUUCUCUAGUCCUCUCAAAGAGUAAUUUUCCUUCCCCUAGUCAGACCCACACAAGUAUUCAUUUGUUAUGAAUGAUUCAAUAAACAUCAACAGUCAACUCUGGAUGUCCUUAUUCCUUGUGUGCACACUGUAGUGGAGUGAAAAACAUAAAAGCAACCCAAGCUAAACAAA